GAGUUAUUAGCCUACAAUGCAAAUAUCAACCAUAGGGACAUGUAUUGCAGGACGCCACUCGAUUACGCCGCUCGAAAAGGCCACACUGGUGUCACUCGUCUUUUUUUGGAAAACCCCAGAACUAAGGUCAACAUAAAGACCUUGAGCGGAAACACAGCCUUGAUGUCUGCGUUGCGAUGGGGCUCGGAAGGCAGCCACCAACCGUUUCUAAUUCACCCGGAUGUUAACUUCAACGUCGAGAACGACAUGAGUGAAACCGCUUUGCACCUGGCCGUCGACAAGAUGAGUGUGGCGGUGGUUGAAGAGCUACUCCCAAAGUGCGCCAACUCCAUCAACAGGCAGGACGCUCAAGGCAGGACGCCCCUCGCCAUUGCCGCUGCAAGUCGGCGCGAGCAAGCAUCAGACGUGUUGCGAGCUCUGCUACGGGUCAAUAGCAUCGAUGCCAGUUUGACCGACGCAGACGGGAAGACGCCAUUGCACCAUGCGGCA